CUUUUAGCUGUCUUUAUCAAAUUCAGUAAAUAAAUAAAAUAUGUAUUUUAAUGGAAUUUUUUGCAGUAGAAAUUAAAAAAGAGUUUUUUUUUAUUGGAAGGCUAAAUCGUGUUAUUAAUAAUUUAAGCUCAAAGGUUGUCCAAGUCUACAAACCAAAAGCACGCUACAGAAGAAGAGGAAGAAGAAGAAGAAGCAGAGACAACAAGAAGAAGAAGAAACAGUCUCAUCUCGCCGGAGAAGAAGAAAGAUGUCGUGGCAAUCAUACGUCGAUGACCAUCUCAUGUGCGAGGUCGAAGGCAACCACCUCACACACGCCGCCAUCUUCGGCCAAGACGGCAGUGUCUGGGCUCAGAGCUCAGCUUUCCCUCAGUUGAAGCCUGCAGAGAUAGCAGGAAUCAACAAAGACUUUGAAGAAGCCGGACAUCUUGCCCCAACCGGGCUAUUCCUUGGCGGUGAGAAGUACAUGGUUGUCCAAGGUGAGGCUGGAGCCGUCAUCCGAGGGAAAAAGGGACCUGGUGGAGUCACUAUCAAGAAGACUACUCAAGCUCUAGUCUUUGGUAUCUAUGAUGAACCGAUGACCGGAGGGCAAUGCAACUUGGUCGUGGAGAGGCUCGGCGAUUACCUUAUCGAGUCUGGUCUCUAAGUUCACUCAAAGUGCUUCAAACAAAUUUCAUUUUUCGGGUUCUUUCUUCACUAGAGAAGCACCCUUCUGCCAUGUAUUGUGAUUUGAUUGUUGUUGUGCAUCAAACAAAGUUAUUAUACUCUUAAAAAGAACAAAGAAACAAUCAUAUUUGUUAUGGUUUUGAUCCUCUCCUAUGAUGGCUCUUAUGUUUUUCUCUUGUACUGUAUUUCGUAAUGUAUAAUUACGCUUUGGAAUAAAAAUUUGAGUUUGUGAUCAUUUGUUCUCGAUCAGCUCAU